UUAAAAUUGAUUUGUCAGCCAGUACCAAAAAAUUUUUGUCUCAACCGGUUGUGUGUGACCGUUUUUAUAUUCAACAAGAUUUGAACUAAAAUAUACGCAUAAGGAUUUUGAACUUUUUACCACAAAACUUUAUCAACUGUAAACGAAUUUAUAUUAAAAAUUACGGUACCACCUCAACAAUGAAAUACCAAAUCAUAUUCCUACCAUUUUGGGUGAUAAAUUGUUCGCACACACAACGAAACGACUCGGAUGUUUUCAUAACGUACGCUGGGCACAGUGAUGUUGAACGGGAAACUGUGCAAAAGCAAAAGAUAGAUAUAGAUAAAGCACCGGGAACAACAGAUAAUGUUGCCACAGAGGAUAUUGUGUUCAUACCGAAUGACAAACCGGUGAUUCGUAAUGAUGAUACGAUUAAAAUUGAUGACGUCAUCAAUACAAGAAGGGUAGUUGAUAUGAUGAGGGAUUCUGCAAUGACUGAAAAACCAAAUCAAGAUAUUUUAUUCAUAACCGGAAAAAAUAAUGAAAACAACGAAGAACAGAAGAUAACAAAGAAAAAGGUCAAUAAUGAAUCGAAUAUUAAAAGUAAUCAUAGAAUAAAAUACAAACUCGACUGUACAAAUCUUGAUUGCAACAAUACGGUUCAGUCAAUCUGUGGAGGAAGGAGGGAAAAUAGCCAGUGGAAAUUCAGACUGUUCCUCAAUGAUUGCUAUUUCAGGAAAGUCAACUGUGGAUUCCAAUAUGCCGUGAAUAGGUAUGAUAUAGUUACAAUGGACAAAUGCGAUAAUAUCGGAGGUCACUAUCCUAAGGUGCCAUACAGCUAUAGACCGAUGUCAAUAUUUCAACCGAAAGAGUUAAGAAACAACGAGACCAGAAGAAGUUUUGUAUCAAGAAGGUCUUUGAGCUUGGGUAUAGACGGGGCUCACUGUGAGCACACAUGCCCGAUAUCCUGCACAGAGGAUUACGAUCCCCAGUGCGCUGUGUCCAGCGCUGGGCAAAGAAAGGUCUUCAUAAAUCAUUGCAAAUUGGAUCAGAGCUCUUGUAUUCAAAAUGUUGCUUGGUAUCGUCGACCGCUGUCCGAAUGUGUCGGUGGAAAGAAGGCCGACAUGAAUCAAAACAGAGGGUUCAUAUCCUGGAUGCAGCGUGUCGGUAUCAUCGAUAGAAACGGGAGACUAGUGCUGUCCUGAACGAUAUUAUUGUGAUAGUGACGUAA